UUGUUUAAAAUUACCAAUUCGGAAGUAUACAUAUAUUUGGCUAAUAAUUUUUAAACAUUGCGCUUCGAUUGCUUUUCUUCUGAAAAAGAGUGGCAACUCUUUAAGCUCAUUUUGGUUUUCGUAAAUGGUGGCAUCUCCCUCGGCACUUCGAAAACGGCGACAACCCUGUCUUGCACGGCGACUGAAUAAAAUUGGAAUUAACUCGUUGUAAAUUAUAAGUUUAAGCACAAAUUAUGGCUGCCCCCGCAAAUGCACCAGGCAAGGCCGAAAUGAUCGACCUGACCAAGCUGAGUCCGGAGCAGCUCGUGCAGAUCAAGCAGGAGUUCGAGCAGGAGAUGACCAACAUUCAGGAAUCGCUGUCAACGCUGCACGGCUGCAAAGCUAAGUACGCCGGAUCCAAGGAAGCCCUGGAGACCUUCCAGCCGAACUGGGAGAACCGCCAGAUUCUCGUGCCGCUGACCAGCAGUAUGUACGUGCCGGGACGUGUAAAGGAUCUCAACAACUUCGUCAUAGACAUAGGCACCGGCUACUACAUCGAAAAGGACCUGGAGGGCUCUAAGGACUACUUCAAACGGCGGGUGGAGUACGUACAGGAGCAGAUUGAGAAAAUCGAGAAGAUCCACCUGCAGAAAACGCGCUUCCUCAACUCUGUGAUCGGUGUGCUGGAGCUGAAGCAAGCGGCCGCAGCCAAGAUGCUCCAGGCCCAGCAGCAGCAGUCUCAGCAGGCGGCAACCCAGGCCUCGUAGAUGAAAGCAAGAACGACGGGACAGAACAAAGAGCAUUAAAUUAUUAAACUUAUACACGAUAUGUGUGCAUU